AUAAGAAAAUGCGGGAAAAUAAUGACUCAUCAAAUUCCCCCACACUUAGCCUUUUGCACUCCCGGGCAAAAUCAAGAAGCAAAGCAAGGAGCAAUUCCAAAGACAUCGAAGAGAGUGACAUAACAAAAAGGUGCAAGAACAAGAAGACACACAAAACCCAAACAAAUUUACACAAUCCUUAA